GGAGCGGAAGUCGCUGAGGUGGACGGAGGUGGCGGCGGGCAGCGACGAUGAACAACAAAUUCGACGCAUUGAAAGAUGAUGAUAGUGGAGACCAUGACCAGAAUGAGGAAAAUAACACACAGAAAGAUGGUGAGAAGGAAAAAAACGAUCGAGAGAAACCACAGACCACUACCAAGAGGAAGGCUGUUGUCCCAGGGCCGGCAGAGCACCCCUUGCAGUACAAUUACACCUUCUGGUACUCCAGACGGACACCCGGGAGGCCAACCAGCUCGCAGAGUUACGAACAGAACAUCAAACAGAUCGGCACCUUUGCCUCCGUGGAGCAGUUCUGGCGGUUUUACAGUCACAUGGUACGUCCUGGGGACCUGACAGGCCAUAGUGACUUCCAUCUUUUCAAAGAGGGAAUCAAACCCAUGUGGGAGGAUGAUGCCAACAAAAAUGGUGGUAAAUGGAUUAUCCGCCUGCGAAAGGGCUUAGCGUCGCGCUGCUGGGAGAACCUCAUUCUGGCAAUGCUGGGAGAACAGUUCAUGGUGGGGGAAGAAAUCUGUGGGGCAGUCGUCUCUGUCCGGUUCCAGGAGGAUAUUAUCUCCAUAUGGAACAAGACAGCCAGCGACCAGGCCACAACAGCCCGGAUACGCGAUACCUUACGAAGAGUGCUCAACCUACCUCCCAACACCAUCAUGGAAUAUAAAACACACACUGAUAGCAUCAAGGCCUGGGAGGAGUUUCAUGGCCUGGUGAACAGCAGUGGCCGCUGAUCGAACGCUCCCCCUCCCUCUGUCACACACAGGGGAUAAUUCAAGCUUUCGAAACACAAAAAUCACAUUGUGAGAACAAGAGCUGGCACUAAGCUCCUCUCCCCGUGUUGAAAGCACUGAGAGGUCUCCACCAGUGCCCUCUGACCUCUGAAGGGACUCACAGGCCACUCUCUCGCACUCCUCCUUGGAGGAAGGAUCCAUCUGAAGCCCUCCAGCAGCGGCGUCCAUAGCGGCUGAUUUUGUCACACACGACCGUUUUUAGCAGGGGGUGGGAGGCCAACCUUGCAGGCGGCAGCGUGCCCCUGGGGCCGCGUCUUGCAGCACUUUCCUCUCUUUCUCUAUGGCAUGCAGGAUCUCUGGGAUUCUGCCUCAGUGUCAGAGCCUUUUGCUGAGGGAUACCAGUAUUACAAAUCUCUCUGCAGCUGGGAGGAGCUUCCCAGCGGAGAGUUGGCCCUGUGGUUUACAAAUGCCCCCUUUCAGCUCUGCCAAUAAAUUAUUGGGUCUCUUUGUUU